UCUAUUCGACAUCAGUCUGAAAUUUGAAAGCAACCAAGAAAGUGAGCCAAUCGCAAGUGCUGUGAGAACUCGUAGUAUUAUCGAACCAAGAAUAGUAUUUUUAUCAUCGAUAUACAUUUUGUUGAACCAAGUGUAUCCUGAAAACAAAAUUAAGCAUGAUUGUUGUACCAAUGCUGUUCAGUGAUUUAUGGGGCGACCGCGAUUCCGGUCCCUUUAAGCACUUACAAAGAGAUGCUUUUCCUGGCGGAUUCAUGAUAACGUCUAACAGCAAACCCAAAUCAUGCACCCAUGAACCGAGGUGCCACAGCCGCAAGCGAUAUAAUGAACAGCGGGAGAAGCUGAUGGAAAGAAAAUUACCUGAACAAUUCGAACUCAGAUUAAAUGUUCAAAAAUUCAAACCAGAAGAGCUAUCAGUGAAGGCAACUGAUCGGUUCAUCAUUGUUGAAGCCAAGCGUGAGGAGGAUAGUGACAAUAGCUAUGAAUGCGAACAUUUCAUUCGACGAUUUCGAAUACCACCUGGAUACGAUGACGGCAAAAUAGUAUCAACAUUUUCACCGGAUGGAGUGUUAACGAUUAGCGCCCCCACGUUGCCGCUUGCUGAGCCACAAAAGGAACGCACGAUAGCAAUUAAGUACGAAAAGAUGUCAAAUCCAGAGAAGAAACCUGAUGAAUCUACAAGUGACACGAAUUAUACAUUAGAAGAUCUCGAAGAAUAGAUAGCAUUGCAUUCAUAGUAUUAAGUUUUUUCAGUAUUAUUUUUCAAUAUUUGUUAUGACUUUUGUUUUUUAAGAUUACCUGUGAAUAAAACACUUCUGAUUUUAUAGAA